AUGGGGUUUCGUAGCAAAGACUACCCGGAUCACGUUUAUCGUCUAAAGAGAUCCUUAUACAGGCUCGAACAGGCUCCGCGGUCAUGGUAUCAAAGGUUCACUGAUUUUGUCUUAACAUUGGGGUUUGUACAAAGUAAAUGUGAUGCGUCUCUCUUCACGCUUCACCAGGGUCUUCGGGUCGCAUAUCUACUUCUCUAUGUCGACGACAUCAUUCUUGUUACUUCUUCAGAAUCUUUACGCACUGCUCUCAUGUCUCCCCUCGCCAAAGAGUUUGCUAUGAAAGAUCUCAGGUCGCUCAGCUUCUUCCUCGGCCUUUCAGUCAAACGACAUAAAGACACCAUGUUUCUCUCACAACAAGCAUACGCACAAGAAAUCAUUGAACGAGCUGGUAUGACCUCGUGUAACCCAGUGCAAACCCCUGUUGACACUCACUCCAAACUUGGUUUGGACUCCGGCACUGAUUUUCACGACCCAACUUUGUAUCGCAGUCUUGCGGGUGCUCUUCAGUACCUAACAUUUACCAGACCGGAUAUUAGCUAUGCUGUUCAACAAAUAUGUAUCCACAUGCAUGCUCCUAAGACGGAUCACUGGAAUGCCCUGAAGCGCAUAAUUCGAUAUAUUCGUGGCACUACUAGUUUCGGGCUCACACUCGGUCCGUCUAAGGUUCCGCGUUUAAUUGUCUAUUCAGACGCUGAUUGGGCAGGUUGCCCGGACACACGUCGCUCCACUAGUGGAUUUUGUGUUUAUUAUGGUGACAAUUUGAUUUCUUGGUCGUCUAAACGGCAAGCGACUAUUUCCCGCUCUAGUGCGGAAGCUGAGUAUCGUGGAGUUGCCAAUGUUGUCGCUGAAAUUUGUUGGCUUUGCAACCUUCUUCUCGAACUUCAGCGACCACUAACAACUGCCACCCUUGUUUAUUGUGACAACGUUAGCGCGAUCUAUCUAUCCAGCAAUCCAGUUCAACAUCAACGCACCAAACACAUCGAAUUAGAUAUACAUUUUGUUCGGGAAAAAGUUCAACAAGGUCAAGUGCGUGUUCUUCAUGUUCCUUCCAGAUACCAGAUUGCUGAUAUAUUUACCAAGGGCUUGCCACGGGUGCUAUUUGAAGAUUUUCGAUCCAGUCUCAGCCUUCGUUCACUUCCGGCUUCGACUGCGGGGGUGUAA